AUGCAUAUUCCGUUGCUCGCUAGUUUUGCUGCUCUAUGCAGUUGUUUGUUGGUGGUCUGUGCCCAAGUAAAUUCAAAUCAGUGGCCAAAUCGCAGCGGAAUCGUACAGCUGUUUGAAUGGAAAUGGAACGACAUUGCGGCCGAAUGUGAGCGAUUCCUGGCACCGAUGGGCUACGGCGGAGUGCAGAUUUCUCCACCUACGGAGAACGCCAUCGUGCUGCAGCCAUUCCGUCCUUGGUGGGAAAGAUAUCAACCUAUGUCGUAUUACCUGGUGACCAGGGCUGGAACGGAAGCUGAGUUUGCACAGAUGGUUCGACGAUGUAAUGUAGUGGGUGUUCGAGUCUAUCCCGACAUUGUACUCAACCACAUGGCUGCAGACACCCAACAUGGAGGUACCGGUGGAUCAAUUGCUAACAGUGCACUUGCCAGUUACCCAGCGGUACCAUACAAUGAAUCGGACUUCCACACAAACUGUGCUAUUUCAGACAGCAGUCAACCGAUUGAACUCAGAGAGUGUCGCCUAAAAGGAUCUCCCGAUUUGAAUCAAAAAUCUGGGUGGGUUCAAGAUCGAGUAGUCAACCUUUUAAACAAACUAAUCACCUACGGAGUAGCUGGCUUCAACAUAUACGCUGCCAAGUAUAUGUGGCCGGAUGACCUACAGACCAUCUACAAUCGUCUCGCUAACCUUUCUGAAGAGCAUGGAUUUGCUUACGGGUCGCGUCCAUUUAUCAUACAAUCGGUAGUAGAUAUGGGUGUCGAUGGUAUUGCGAAAUAUGAGUAUCGCCCACUUGGAAUGGUUACUGAAUUGGGUCAUUCUCAUUACCUUGGGUAUUAUUUCUCAGGUAGAAAACAAUUGUCCGAUCUUCGAAACUGGGGGAGAAAUUGGUCUUUCCUGUCAUCGGAGCGUGCCGUUGUGUUUGUUGACGAUCACAUCAACCAGCGAGGUCUAGGAUCUACUAAGGGAUUUGUACUAACUCAUCGAGAUCGCAAGCAUUACGUCAUGGCAUCUGCAUUUAUGCUGGCCUUCCCAUAUGCUAUACCACGGAUAAUGAGCUCCUAUGAUUUCAGUAACAACGAUCAAGGGCCACCGACCGAUAUGUACGGAAAUGUAAUCUCACCUGCCAUCGCUCCUGAUGGUUCCUGUCAGGGUGGUUGGAUUUGUGAGCACCGCUGGAACGAAAUAGUCAAUAUGAUUGGAUUUCGAAACUCGGUAACUGGAACAGAGAUGAGUAAUUGGUACGACAACGGGGCAUAUCAAAUUGCGUUCUGCCGAGGAAAUCGAGGCUUUGUUGCUUUCAAUCUUCAAGGGACGGAUUUCGAUCAAACCAUUCAAACCUGUUUACCAAUGGGAACGUACUGUGAUGUUAUUUCUGGAAACGCAAACAACGGGUCCUGUACUGGCUCAGCGAUCCAGGUGGAUCAAAAUGGCACGGCAAGAAUUUUCAUUGCGGGAGUAGGUGGUUACGGUGCAUUGGCAAUUCACGCGAAUUCGAAACUGGCGUAAAGUGAACCGGGGUGUGCAUGUAUAGAAGUGAAGCGCUUGAACUCACUAAAAGCAGAAACAAAUCAUACGCGAAGUGUCAACUAUAUUGAAAACU